AUUCCUGCAGUCUCACCUUUGACUCAAACACAGUUCACAGAAACCUGAAGCUGUCUGAUAACAGCAGAAAGGUGACCCGUGUGAGCACGGCUCAGUCAUACCCGGAUCAGCCAGACAGGUUUGACGGCCGGUGGCCUCAGCUGCUGUGCAGUGAAGGUCUGACUGGUCGCUGCUACUGGGAGGUGGAGUGGAGCGGAGUGGUUUACGUUUCAGUGAGCUACAGAGGGAUCAGCAGGAGGGGAUACAGAGACUGUGUGUUUGGCUGGAAUGACCAGUCCUGGAGUCUGAAAUGCUGCGAUCUUGGUGAUGGUUACUCUGUCUGGCACAAUAACAGAGGAAAACUCGCCGCCUCCUCUCACACUGACCCCGCCUCCUGUACCGUUGACUCCAGCCCCUCUAAUUCAGACUCUGACUCCUCUGACUCUGGCUUCGCCUCUAACAGAGUAGCAGUGUAUGUGGACUGUCCUGCUGGCAUCCUGUCCUUCUACAGAGUCUCCUCUGGCUCACUGAUCCACCUCCACACCUUCAGAACCACAUUCUCUGAACCCAUCUAUCCUGGGUUUGGGUUCUGGUUUCCUGGGUCCUCAGUGUCUUUCUGUCAAGAUUUAAAGCCCAAACUUUUGGAUAUGCAGAGAGGAUCUCCAUGCACAUCAUCCCAUUCUGUACUUUUUCAUGAUGACUCAGAGUUGGUCGAGGCUCCAUCAAGCUUCAGACCCGAAGUGGAAACUCACAAUUUGCAGGUUUCAUACAGGUUCCAAUGUCCAGGUCCGGGUGUGUUCGAGUGCACUUUGACUGGUCUGGUGUUUGUUGUGACCCAGCCGGCCAAACUGUGCUACAGGAUAAUCCAAUGGGACGAGAGCAUCCUUCAGCCAGCUGGGAAGACCCCUGCUGGGCCCCUGUACAGCAUCAGCUGUUCUCCUGAAGCAGUGUGUGGGCUCCACCUCCCACACUGCCAAACUACAAACAUGUUGCCCAGUGAAGGCCUGCUGUCUGUGGUUCAUGUUUCCUCUGAUGAUGGGCUGAACUUCCUGGAGCCGCUGAAGAUCACCGAGACUCAUGUUGUCGUGAGGGUCUCUGACCUUUCUGCGUUCGCUCUGGUCUGGGACUUCUUUAAGAGGUUCAUAGAGAGAAAGGAUCUGGUAUCAAGCCAAGUCCUGCUGUACCUCGGACCUCUGAACUCCAGAGCUCAGAACCAGAAGCUCUACGUGUUUCUGCUGCCCAGGAACAUCCCAAUGUACGAGGUCAGCAAAGGCCAGAGGGACUGUACGUUUGUCCGCUCCACUUCCAACUGCAAACUCAUCAAAGACCAGAGAUACAUCCUCACAUGUCCAAGAGCUUCACAGCACUAUAAAAUACAACCUAAGAGCGCAGAGUUUGACCUAAACUUUGGAAAUCAAUACCACCCAACAUUUGAGAUCCGUCUUCCCAUCGACACAGAGGGAGUGGUGAUAAUAAUCAAAGAUGAAGCAGACAUGGUGGUCUGGGAGUACGACGUCGAUCUAACAGAUCAUUCACAAGAUGACGUCUCAUCAAGUGUCACAGUCCAGUCAGAGGGUCCUGACCUCCAUGUUGACCUGCUGAACAUCCUGGAUGAGCUGAAUGUGGAAGAGUUCAGCAGGUUUAAGUGGUUCCUGAAGAACGGACCGCACAGCAGUGGCUUCAGAGUGAGAGAGUCUGCAGCGAGAGAGGAGGUGGUGGACCAGCUGCUGCAUCAGUACAGCCUUGAAGAAGUUCUUCAAGCUGUGAAGAGGACAUUACAGAGCAUCGGCAGGAACGAUCUGGUGGAGCGAUUGUGAAAACUCCAGUUACUCGUUUACCACACAGUCAUGUUCAUGAUUAUAUUUGUUUCAGCCAAUUUGAUGGUUUCUGUCUGCAGGAUGUGAGUUUACAUUUUAAAUGUCUUUGAAAUGUUGAGAUUAAUCUUUGAAAUUUUCUUGAAAGUCAGAAAUUUCCAUGUUUUUUGCUAGAAAUUUCCUGAGGUUUAUCUCAAAAUUUCUCAGUUUUCUCUUGCAAUUUUUUGACUUUUGGAACUCAGGAAUUUCCAUGUUUUUCUUGAACCAAUGGCAAAGGUUCAUCUUCUUGUCCAGAAAAUGAUUUCACACAAAUUUGAUUUAAUUUUGUUUUUAUAUCAAUAAAUAUUUUUGUGUACUUAUUG